UAGUCUCGAGUGUACGUAUCUCCUAUUUGGAUCAGCUGUGAGGGCGACUGUCUCGCAAUCAGCUGUCAGCGUUAUCAUUACGGAAACGUUCAUUAUCGUAUGCAUAUUGGUAUGAUAAUGACGGUCUUACAAAACAUCGUACUCGAUAUUACGUGAUGUCUGAACAAAAUAAGCGAAGAGGAUUCGUAAGAUAAUAACGCCCCACUCGGUAACUCACCAUGGAUGACGAGACGUUAAACAGGCUCGCAGUUGAAGCUUUGCUGGAAGAGGCUAAACUUGGUGCACGUAGAGCCGAGAUAAUAGGACCCAGCGGAUGGGUGAAACCCAAGGAGACUGUCAACAAAAGGUUUCUUCAUUCGACGUUACGAAAUGCAGUGAUAUCUAACAAGCAUCGAUCGCUGAAGCAAGAUAAAGUAAAAAUUCAAUUACACAAAGCGGACGCCGUUAAAAAAUCGUAGGAUUGUAAUGUACAUAGAGCGUUAUUGUUAUUCUAAUGUGCCGAUGUUAGUAUAUAUACUUCUAAUAUGUAUUUCUUUAAUGUUGUUUCAUGAUUAACAUAAACUGAGGAUUGUAGUUGUAUUUAUUUAUUCUAUUACAGUACACUCAUGUUGCAAGUCAAUGUCACACGUUUUUUGUACAGAAUUAAAGAGAAUUUCUAUAUAAAUGUACCAAUAAAAAGUGGCAUAAAAAUGA